AUGGGCAGCAAAAUACGCAAGAGGGAGCGCGAGGCGGAUCAAAUCGAAAAAGUGGAGGAAGCCCCCGCAAAACGGCGCAGACAAAGUAAUACAGACCAGGUGAAGCUCUCCAAGCUUUACGCAGACCUGGCAGCCGAGGAAGAUGAUGUUCGUCUUGAAGCCGCCAAACAAAUCAUCGUCAACUUUUCGCCCGAAAACAAGCCAUCGGCCAAAGAUGUGGAGGAUGCGCUAGUACGCCUGAUCAAAGGUCUUUGCAGUCAGCGUAAAGCUGCCAGGGUCGGAUUCUCGCUCACGCUGACCGAGUUGUUACGGCAACGUUUUGCAGCAGCAAAGGAUGAUGCCGAGGAUUCGCAGCUUGACGCGGCAACCGUCAUCAAGAUGGUGGAAGAGAAGACCAAAGCCAAAGGCAACGUACCCGGAAAGGAAAAACGGGACCAUACCAUUGGAAAACUGUUUGGUUUCAAGGCCAUUAUGCAAUCAUCAAUACUCCUUGAACCGGAACUCUCGCUGGACUCCUGGAACAAGCUCUUGGACAAUGUCUAUCGAAUGGCACGUGAUAUCCCGUGGUUACGGGAAGAAUGCGGGAUGGUACUGGUCGAAGCAGUGAGAAGUCUGAAAGGUCAACUACAGUACCGAAAAUGUGCCGAAGAAGUAUUGGAACGACUCAACACAUUCAAGCUUGUCUCCACGCCCGAGGGUGUGGCAGUGUGGCUUACCGUCAAAGCACAUUAUCCAGAGGCACUGCCCGAGGGUGUCUGGCACGAUAAAGACCCAUUAGCAAAGAAAGAACGCUCUCGGCUUGCCAAAAUCUUGAAGGAAGACUUCAACAAGAGCGAGUCAGAAGAUGCAAAAGACGAAACCACGAAGACCGGGACUACGAACCCGAACCCGUCUUUCACCUGGGACCUCGCAUUUGCCGAGAUAUUGCAAAGGGAUGAGCAAAGCAAGAGUGAUUCUAAGGACAAGGUUGAGUUUCCGCAAUUUUGGAUCGACACUGUAGACAGCAACCUUUUCUCUUCCUCAGCGUCCCACGAACGUAAAGCCUGGGGCUUCAAGUUGCUGAGUAGCAUGAUCACCCGUGUGCCAGAUGGGGCUGUGUCUGCGUUGUUCAGUCCAAAUUUGAUGCGUACCCUUAUCAACCAAAGCAAAAAGGAAGACAGGUUCCUCCAUUCGGCCGCGCUCGCUGCGUUGAGCUCCGUCCAGCUCAGAGUCGAUCAGGAAGAUGGAACAGCCCUCCCUAUUUUUGUUGCAUUGACUUCGAAGCACGGCAGCAUUGAGUUCGACCGCAUCACCAAGACGAAAACGCUCGAGCAGAUCCUCGCAUCGGCGGAUGACAAAAGCUUGAUGAAGAUUGUACGACAUCUCAAGUCACUGAUUCUGCGUCCUGAUUGUGAGGAACAAACAGUUGCAGACAGUCGCCGGCAGGCCAUUGCCGACCUGUUGUUGAACACAGUCAGACAAUACAAGCGAUACGAAAAGUUCAACGAGAAAACCUUCAAGAAAGAUGUUGCCCAUCGACGGGAAGGUCGCGCCGCAGAUGAGCGAAAGUCUAACUGGCUGCGAGAAGUCUUGGAGACACUGGUUGAGUGUGCUUAUUUCAUUCCUUCAAAGAGUGCAGAUACUAAGAAGGUGCCUCUUCCCGCUAUCAGUGAUCGGAGUCGGGCAAUGUUCCAAGAGCGCCUAUCAUCUUGUCUGACCAAGUUACUGGAUGUAAAGUUGGGUGCUCGCUCAGAUGUCGCCCUCAUGGUUCUAGACAUGAUAAGAGCCAAGAGCGACAAGUCUGCCAAACUGGAUCUUGCUUUCAAGGCAGACGCAUCGGUUCUGAGCACUAUGGACAAGGCGUUGAAUACACUCGACGCCAUCUCUGCGACAGGUUCGAUAGCCGGUAACGAGCUGGCAGCACAAGGCUUUAUGCUCUUGUACUCACUAACGCUCUUGCAAGCCUACAAUGGCGAGGGGGAUGCCGUCAUGAUGCUUGAUGAUCUAGAUGCGUCCUACAAAGCCUUCGAGGCGUCACGAAAGACGUCAUCAAAGAAGAAGAACAAGGUCUCGACUUCCGAUGGUCAAAAUGCCUUUGUCGAGAUCGUACUCUCCUUCUCGGGGAACACGCGAACACUAUUCCGUCGAAUCGGAGAGGAAGCAUUUGCUAUCUUCGCAUCAGAGAUUAGUGCUGAAGGACUGCGGUCCUUGACUGAAAUCCUGGAUACCGAAGAAAACCUCGAGGGACAGAAAGAGCUAUUCAACCAGGGUGAUGAAGACGUUGAGGGUGAAGAUUCAAGUGAUGACGAAGAAGAUGACUCAGACGUUGAGAUGGUCGAUGAGGGAGAGUCGGACAGCGACGCUGCCUCUGAAUCCUCUAAUUCGGACUCCGAGGAUGACGACAGCGACGCAAGCGACGAGGAUGAAGAUAGCGAGGAAGAUGCAGAGUUGACUCAAUUCAACAACAUGCUGGCCUUGACUCUUCAGACGUCGAAGCCGAAUGUGGACGGUGACGCGGCGGAAGAGACAUCCGACGAGUCUGACAUGGACGACGAUCAGAUGAUGGCGCUUGACCCACACCUCAGCAAGAUCUUCAAGGAGCGAAGCAAGACAACAAGCAAGAAGAAGGAGCGGGAAGACGCUAAGCAGAACGUGGUUCAAUUUAAGUCGAGAGUCCUAGAUCUGCUUGCCGUGUACAUGGAGAAGCAAUAUUCCAACCCGCUUACUCUGGAAAUUCUCCUCCCAGUACUCCGUCGUACUCGAGCCAACGCAAACAAGCAGACGGCAGACAAAGCGGCCAAGAUGCUGAAAUCCUUCUUCGAUACCCGCACGAAGCGCAAAGCACCCCUCCCGAAGCCAGAGAACACCGAGGAUGUAUGGGAGCUACUGAAGGGAAUCCAUGAGGAGGCGAAGCUAGGGAACGGCGCAAAGGUCCAUGCGGAUGCAUGUGGCUCCGCCAGCUUACACGUAGUAAAGGUGCUUGUUGGUCUCGAGAAAGCAAACUAUGCUGGUGUGGUGGACGUUUACGCCGAGACUCAGAAGCAGUGGUUUGCAGACAAGAAGUCUCCAUUACAGCCGGUGCUGUUCACUCAGUUCCAAAACUGGUCUAUCAAUGCACGACAGCAAGGAAAAUAG